GCAACGCUACCACAGUCCAUUGCAGGGAGUCGAAUCGAGCGUGUCGCAUACCAUCCGCUCGAGUAGGCCUAGAGAAUAGAAUCAACUUAUCGAAAUGUUUGCCGCCUUAUCAACGUUCCUAACAUUUGUGGGCUUCUACGCUCUGGCUUGUUAUCUGUACGAGCAGCUGAGAGCGCCCUACAGACUGAUUAAAGUGCGAUGGUUCACCGACGAGAAGGAGCGGCCUGCACUCAAAGAACGGUUUGGAGAAUGGGCUGCCAUCACGGGAAGCAGCGAUGGAAUAGGCAAGGAAUACGCUAAGGAGCUGGCACGACAGGGAAUCAAUGUGGUUCUAAUCGCCAGAAAUCAGGAGAAACUUCAGGCAGUUGUUAAAGAAAUUGAAAGCGAGUCCAAGGUGCAGACCAAAAUUGUGAUAGCAGACUUUACCAAGGGUGCGGAGGUCUAUCAACAUAUAGAAAAGGAAUUGGCAAAUCUACCCAUUGCGAUUCUAGUGAACAAUGUGGGAAUCGGAAACCCUGGACCCAUCCAUAAGUGGACACAGGAGUCGACCCAGAAUAUAAUAGAGACCAAUAUAAUGGCCGUGUCGCAGCUGUCGCGUCACUUCCUUCAGCGCAUGAAGGCCGAAAAGAUUAAGGGAGCCAUCGUGAAUGUCAGCUCGGGAACAGAGCACCAGCCGCUUCCCUAUGGGGCCUACUAUGCGGCAUCCAAGGCGUACAAUCGCAGCUUCACGCUGGCCCUGCAGUGCGAGGCCGCUCCGUACGGUAUCCUCGUCCAGCUGCUGUCGCCCGGCUUUGUUGUCACCAAAAUCAACUCCUAUUCGCGGGCCAUCAUGAAGGGCGGCCUCUUCAUACCCCCGGCAGAUGCCUAUGCCCGCAGUGCCGUCAACCAGCUGCGGGAUGGAGUCGAUGAGACACCUGGCUACCUUUGGCAUCAUGUCCAGACUGCUGUGAUGCUUGCCGUUACCUGGCGGAUUCGUCGUUUCUCUGCUCUCAAGAUGUUUCAAUUCCUGAAGUAGAAAAUCCAAUUACAUCCUACCUCACAAUUUGUUCGCCGACAUAAUGUUGAUAUCUAUAUAUGUAUAUCGUUUUUUGAUAAUACAUAUACUUGUAGACAAAAA